AUGGGAGGAGCUUCACCGACGACGGCGGAGUUCCAUGACGGCAAGAAGGCGUAUGGAGCGGUGGUAAUAAUACAGCUUAUCUACGCCGGAUUGUUCCUCCUCUCCAAGGCGGCGCUCGACGGCGGCUUCAAAACUUCCAUCUUCGUCUUCUACCGGCAAACCUUCGCCGCCGCCCUCAUCGUCCCUCUCGCCUUCUUCCUCGAAUGGUAUAAAAUACACAAUAGACUUUUCCAUUUCAUCAACACUUGUUUAACGUUCCAACUUCGGCCGGCGGCGAACAGGAAGCACGCGCCGGCGCUCUCGCUGCCCACCUUCUGCAAGAUCUUCGUCCUCUCCCUCUUCGGGAUAACGUUGACAUUGAACGUCAAUGGGAUAGCUUUGAUCUAUACUUCAGCCACUUUGGGUGCUGCUAGUGUUAAUACUCUGCCAGCCAUUACGUUCUUCGUGGCUCUUUUAUUCGGAAUGGAGAAAUUGAAGGUGAGGACAAAACCAGGAAUGGCAAAGCUAGUUGGGAUAUUGAUAUGCAUGGGAGGAGUGGCAGUUCUUGCUUUCUACAAAGGCCCCCAUUUUAAGGUCUUGUCUCUCUUUAAACAUGAUGACCACCUCCAUGGACAUGAUCUUAGACCACAUCAAGACUCUAGCUCUUCUCAUAACACAUGGGUCAAAGGUUGUUUCUGGAUGCUCUUCUCCAACCUUAGCUGGGGCUUCUGGCUCGUUUUUCAGGCAAUACUUCUGAAAAGCUACCCAUCAAAGUUUCUCUUCACAGCUCUUCAAUGCUUUCUAAGUUCGAUCCAGUCCUUAGUGGUUGCAGUUGCCAUUGAGAGAAAUCCCCAGGAGUGGAAGCUUGGCUGGAAUAUGAGACUUGUGGCUGUAACUUAUUGGUUUUGUGGUGACUGGAGUGACAUUUUACUUGCAAGCAUGGGUUCUAGAGAAGAAAGGUCCAGUCUUUCUAGCCAUGUCUACUCCUUUGAUUUUGAUCUUCACAAUGUUGUUUUCUGCACUACUAGGUGACUUCAUCAACCUUGGAAGUGUAUUGGGUGGAGUGUUGUUGGUUGGAGGACUUUACAGUGUUCUAUGGGCAAAAGGCAAAGAAGAAAAGAUGAUGAUGAUUGCUAAUAAUAUUAAUGAUGAGAAGAUGAAGCCUACACAAGUGGAAAAAGAGAGCUUAGAGCUUAAACAAGUCGUUACAAUCAUUAGCAUCUCCGAUCAGCAAGCAUCACAAGCCAAUGAGUCGAGUUAAGUUUAGAUGAGGAAAUUAAGAUCUUAACAUCAUCUACAUGCAAGUCAUGCUUCAAAACAAGAUGUUAACAAUAAAUAACGAUCAAAGAUUAGAGGCCAGGGCCCAGGCAACAAACUGGUCAAAGGGACAAAUGUAAUUAACACUCUCUAUCAAUUACAUAUAGUUGCACAAACCUCCCUUUUCAUAUGCACUUUGAUUUACUGAUCAUUCACUAUCAAGUAGACUUGUAACGACAUAUAUAUAUUCUCUUCACCUCUACCUUACCUUAUGGGCUAAGAGUAAUCAAACUUUUAUUGGGUUAGAGUUUUGGGCCGUUGAGUCUAGCUUUUUAUAUGUGGGAUAUUGCUGGUUAGUUUUGAGGCCUAGGUUUGUUAGAUUCACUCGGCCUACACAUUGUAAAAGUUGUUUAAGGAGCCCAAACUG